AUGAAUCAACUGCCGAACCAUCCCAAAAUUGGCUCCCUCCUGGGGAAGAGAAGACCCGUCAUCAAGCUCUCCCCAAAUUUCCGAAGCUUAGCUGGCGAUGCCUGCGAAAGAACUCCGAUGGACAAGUCCAAGAUUCUUCCAUGGUCCAAAUUCACAUUUAACAACAUUGUGAAUGCAUACGGCGAUGUUCUAGAACAGGCUGUAAGCAGCAAACCACCGGAUGAGGUGCCAGAGAUCGACUGCGAGAAUCAUUGCAUGAUGGUACAGAUAUGUUACAAGUCGUUCCACAUACCCACCGCAAUUAGUUCAGCCAUCAGCUUGGGCAAAUACAUCCUCCGUCCUAGGCUCGGUACAGAUACGAAUCUGGCAUGCGCUGAAGCGAGAGAAUUGAGUAAGGAACUCCCUAAACACGCUCAGAAGUUGGAUUUCGGCGACGAGGACCACGUUCAAGUCUUCUAUGACCCAAACCAAAACAGCUGGCACCCCUUUCUUGCCACUAGCCUCACCGUACCCUCAUGCACAUGGGAGUCAGGCUCCCUCGUCACCGCAAAUCGUGACAAACAACCCAAGCUUGGUCCUAUCGAACAAUUGGCUGCCUGUGCAAAAAAGACCAAUACUUGUUUCUCGUUCAUCUUGGGGGAUAAAGAUAUUGUCGUCCUGCAAUUCUUCAAGACGGAAACCGGGGGCAUGGGAGUGUACUAG